CCGAUUGUUCAUAAAAGUGCGUGUGCAAGUCACCGGCCAUCGUAUAACCCAAUCUUUGAUACCUGUCACAUUCGUCUGAAGGACAUGGAUACCCCUCAGCAACCCAUUCUGCGUCGGCGUCCCAAGCGGCCAUCUUACGCCCCGACUGCUUUACCAAUCGUGCCUUCAUCAUCUACGUACACAGGAAAUACUCAACAAGCCAUGUCGCCAUCACUAUAUAGGACUAGCAUCCGCUCCGCCAGUCUGCAGUUAGAUACUGUCGCAACCCCUCAAAGAUUAAGAGACCUAGAAAUGGAAUGGAAAAAUAGAAGGAAAAUGGCUUUGGCGGACAUAUCUAACGGAUAUGGUGGAAAUAGCCAUCAACAGCAAUAUGGACCCAGGCAAACUACUACCAUUGACAAGUUGGAUAUCAAGCCCAUUGACCGGCAACAUGGGCCUAGUUUAAAGCCCGCCAAAAACGGGCCAAGAUUGCCCACCGAUGCUGGUCACACCCAAUCAAGUCAAUCAAAAUCUACGGCAGCUCGCCCAAACUUGAUACGAUGCGUUGAACCUCCCACUCCCCCAGAUACACCUUCGACCUCUAUCACACAGUUGAAACUUGAUCAGAUUGUACGUGAUUCCGUUCCUUCCCUGACGCGACCUUUGGAACCUUCAAAGCGACUGGCGACUAAACACAAAACGGAAUUGAUACCUAAUAUCGAAACACGCAUUCGGAAUCCAUUUGCCGCGCUUCCUAUUUUGGCUUCACCUCUGCCUACGACGACCAGGCCUGUUCCGUUGAUCCAUCCUCACAAAGGUGCUAUACACGUUCGUCCCUCAAAGUUUUCAGAAUUCGAUAUCAUCUUGACGCAUGAUGAGCUGUUGCGAAUUAUUGGUGGUGGAAUGGAAUUAAUUUGGAUGCGAGGGACAAGCGAUGAUACAUCUAGUUUUAGGAAACAUUUGAAACUCUGGGACAGCGCCAAAUGGACUGACGAAGAGGCCAACCUUUGGUACCGAGUGCAGCUCAUAGUGGAAAAUUUAAAGCGGAAAACACCACAGGCCAGAAUCUAUCACUCUUUAGGCAACAUUACUGUCAUGUGCUGUAAACCUCCGGAUAUCGUCAUCUCAUUCCGGUUUCCGUCACCUUAUAACAAAUUGUCAUCAACAAAUAUCUCAUCUUCCACCAUCAAAGUCCGCCUUUGUUAUUCACGCAUCUCAAAGGAGAUCCGUCUCCAUACCUCAUACGCCAAAGCUUCGCAUUCAGAGAAAUCUGAGGAAAGGUUGAGGACGAAACGGAUUGUCCCACUUACCAGCAAUGGUGAUAUCGAUGUCGCAUGUGGGACCAACCAUACAGAAGAUUGGAGGGAUGAAGAGAAAGAAGGCCUAAAGCGGUUAUGGGACACGAAACGGGAAUGGGAGAAGUGGUGCUGAUUAUAUAAUUCUGACAAUAGAUGAGAGUGCCAGCCAUGGCCAAACGGCGAGGAAAUGCAAAAAAGUGCCCUCAGUUUGAAGCAUAUAAGCUUUUCAAGUCCAC